GUUUUGCUGCCUGCCGCUGGCUGCGCGCAGUGCCAGUUCACCGUCGCGAGAAAUUGUAGUGUCAUUCGGAGUUUGAGAAGCAAUUAUACAUUCGAGAGCACAUCGACGAGCCGAGCGCGCAAUGAUGGAUCUGUUGACAGAAAGUGGGAAAGGACGUUUACCCGAUUACGAGGUGCAGGGAGCGAAAAAAGUGAGCUUCAGUCCGUACUCCGACAACGGGGGGAGUGUGGUGGCCCUCGCCGGGGACGAUUUCUGCGUCAUAGCCGCGGACACGCGUCUCAGCACCGGUUUCUCGAUCUACACUCGGGACCAGGACAAACUAUUUUCCCUGUCGGACAGCACUAUCUUGGGAUGCUCCGGAUGCUGGUGCGACACCUUGACUCUAACUCGUCUCCUGUCCGCUCGCAUGCAGAUGUAUAAGCAUGAACAUCAAAAGCAAAUGUCUACUCCAGCGGCGGCACAAAUGCUGUCGAUAAUGCUGUAUCACAAGAGAUUCUUUCCUUAUUACGUCAGCAAUAUACUCGCUGGACUGGACGAGAAUGGGAAGGGCUGUAUAUAUAGUUACGAUCCAAUUGGACACUGUGAGAAAACUACAUAUAGGGCCGGUGGUUCAGCCGGCGCACUUUUGCAACCACUCCUUGACAAUCAGAUUGGCUAUAAGAAUCAAGAAGGCGUCACUCCUGUACCCUUGACCCAAGAAAAGGCUAUAUCGAUUUUGAAAGACGUUUUCACUUCCGCGGCUGAAAGAGAUAUAUACACAGGUGAUGGAAUAACUAUCAAAAUUAUUACAAAGGAUGGAAUAAGAGACUCUAGUUUUGCUCUGAGGAAGGAUUAAAUAGGGAAUGGAAACGUUUAUAUCUACACGCAAAUAAAGUUAUUUGAGUACACCAG